AUGGCCUCUGCAACAGCAUCGAGAGCGUUUACAGACACGCACCGUCUCUACGUCAAGUCGCUCUACAAGCGGUAUCUCACAAACGCCCUCAACUGGGCCGUCCAGCGUGACGUAUGGCGAGCCGAAGCUCUAAAGAUUAGAGAAGAGUUUGAGAAACACAAGAACGAAACCGACCCGAAAGUCGUUGCACGGAUUCUUGCUGAAGCCGAAGCCAAAUUGGCUGCAAAGCUUCAUCCCGACCCCUAUAUCUCUGCCAAGUUUCCUGGCGGUACCGGAUGGGAACGAAAUAUGCCACCGCCAAAGAAUGCAUUCGCACACUGGGUCACGGAAGACCAUGCGCACCACGAGCAUCAUCAUCAUCACGCAGAGGCUGUCGAAAGCACCGACUAUCUAUCGCCGGAACAACGAGCCGAUGUGGGCGCCAACUUCCGUCUGUCACGCAAGGCUCGUUCUGCGCUCGAAGAGCUCGUACAGAGUGCAAACGCAGAACAGGCGUUUGCAGAGGCACUUUCGACAAAGCAGGACGGCCAGAUGGUCUGGGACCGAUAUCGUGAGAGCUUAAAGGCACGCGGAAUCGAUAUUAGUGGCCUCAAGGAGUUUAGCGAAUACGCUGAAGAAGAAAAACGCGCUGUUAUGGAGCAUUGGAAAGGCGCAUAUACCGACCAGAUCAACAUGCAGGCUCGCGGCAUCAUCGAAGAGGAAUUGUCCGACCGCCGUGAUGAAAAAGAUGGCAUUUGGCGAUGA